AUGUCUAAUUACUCAAAGACUGCCAUCUUGUCCGUUUACGACAAGACUGGGUUGCUAGACUUGGCCAAGGGCCUUGCCGAAAACAACGUGCGCAUCUUGGCGUCCGGGGGAACUGCUCGCAUGGUGCGUGAAGCCGGUUUUUCCGUGGAAGACGUUUCCUCGAUCACGCACGCCCCGGAAAUGCUCGGUGGCAGAGUCAAGACCCUCCACCCAGCCGUCCACGGUGGUAUUUUGGCCAGAAACUUGGCAUCUGACGAACAGGACUUGAAAGAACAAAACAUUGACAAGGUUGACUUUGUGGUGUGCAACCUGUACCCCUUCAAAGAAACUGUGGCCAAGGUGGGAGUGACGAUCCCAGAAGCUGUGGAAGAAGUUGACAUCGGUGGUGUGACGCUUUUGAGAGCCGCUGCCAAGAACCACUCGCGUGUGGCCAUCCUAUCGGAUCCUAAGGAUUACCCUCAAUUUCUACAGGAGCUAUCCAAGGGCGAUGUGACCCAAGACCUCAGAAACAAGUUGGCUUUGAAGGCUUUUGAGCACACUGCUGAUUACGAUGCUGCCAUUUCGGACUUUUUCAGGAAGCAGUACUCCGAGGGCACCACCCAAUUGCCCCUACGUUACGGUGCCAACCCACAUCAGAAGCCAGCUCAAGCAUACGUUUCUUUGCAAGAAGAGCUGCCUUUCAAGGUGCUAUGCGGUUCCCCUGGUUACAUCAACCUUUUGGACGCGCUAAAUUCGUGGCCCCUGGUUAAGGAGUUGUCUGCGUCUCUCAAUUUACCAGCUGCUGCCUCUUUCAAGCACGUCUCCCCAGCCGGUGCUGCGGUGGGUCUUCCUUUAAGCGAUGUCGAGAAACAAAUCUACUUUGUCAAAGACAUCGAAAACUUGUCGCCAUUGGCCUGUGCUUACGCUAGAGCCCGUGGUGCCGACAGAAUGUCUUCCUUUGGUGACUUUAUUGCUUUGUCCAAUAUUGUUGAUGUCCCAACUGCCCGCAUCAUUUCUAGAGAAGUUUCCGACGGUGUUAUCGCUCCUGGCUUUGAACCAGAAGCUUUGGAGCUCUUGUCUAAGAAGAAAGGUGGUAAGUACUGCGUUUUGCAAAUCGACCCUAAUUUCACCCCAGAAUCUGUCGAGACUAGACAAGUCUACGGUGUCACCUUGCAACAAAAGAGAAACGAUGCCAUUAUCAACAAAUCUUCUUUCAAAGAAAUCGUAUCUGCAAACAAAAACUUGACCGAGCAGGCUGUUAUCGACUUGACUGUCGCUACUAUUGCUUUGAAAUACACUCAAUCUAACUCUGUCUGCUACGCCAAGAACGGUAUGGUUGUGGGUCUAGGUGCUGGUCAACAAUCCAGAAUCCACUGUACUAGAUUGGCGGGUGACAAGGCUGACAACUGGUGGUUGAGACAGCACCCAAGAGUGCUAGCCUUCAAGUGGGCCCAAGGUGUUAAGAGACCAGAGAAAUCCAACGCAAUCGAUCUUUUCGUGACUGGCCAGAUUCCAACCGAGGAGCCCGAGAAGUCCGAAUAUGAAUCCAAAUUCGCCGAGAUUCCAACUCCCUUAACUGCCGCAGAAAAGAAGGAGUGGAUGAGCAAGUUGAACAAUGUUGCUUUGUCCUCCGAUGCUUUCUUCCCAUUCCCUGACAACGUCUACAGAGCCGUUAGAUCCGGUGUUAAGUACAUCGCUGCUCCUUCGGGGUCAGUUAUGGACAAGGCUGUCUUCUCCGCUGCCGAUUCCUUCGAAUUGGUGUACGUUGAAAACUCCAUUCGUUUGUUCCACCAUUGA